AUAAGCACGUUUAAUCUAAAACUUGGCUUAUGGUUAUUUCAACACAUUGCGGAAAGUACAUUUAUCGACAAAUUUCAGUCAGGGAUCAUCAAACUGCAUUUUUCACCCUUUACACCAAACCAACUUCAACAGGAAUGUAUUUCGUCGUUGGCUUGCGCGGCAAAAUGAGGAAAAUGACAAACAUUAUUUGUUUAAAGGAUUUUUCUUUCUCUUUGGCGUGACACAAAAAGAAAAAAAGACGUAUAUAGAGGAUUUCAUCAACUGCACUCUAAGGCUAAAGGCGGUUAAAUUAUUCCCACGUUAGCGCAGUUGCUGACUCCUGGUAAUUGAUGAACAGUCGCUGUUUGCUGAAUUUCCACUUCACUUACCAUAAAAUGCACAGACACGUUUUUAGGUGCUCUUUCAAUAAUACGAAAUGGCAGCGGUGUUCGAAUUUGGAUGGGUUUUACUUGAUGCUCAUCCUUCAGUAAUUCAGAUUCUGGAUAUUUGGACCAGAGUGGAAGGUUUACUAGGUUUCAAACAGAUGAUCCAAAUUCGGAAUUUUUAGUUAAGGUCAACGCCAUAUUGCCUCCAUUUAGACGGCCAUAACAUGGGGAAAUUUGCAACUUGGGUGACCUUAUUUUCCUCCCUGAUCCUGUCAUGGAAAACCGCAGUGAAUGCUCUUGUCUUUGACAAAUGCUAUAAUAACAGCUGUUAUGUCUUGACGCCGGCCGUCAGCAGUUAUAUAAUGGGUAUUGAAGCGUGCCUCGACGAUUGCGCACUGCUGGCAAGCAUUCACAGCCAAGGGGAGCAAAACUAUCUGAAAACGAUACUUCAAUCUAACACCAAAUACUGGAUUGGACUUAACCUGUCCCUGUACCAGCGGAACGUCUGGGGCGACGGAACGCCCUUGGAUUUCACUGCUUCAUCCUUUGUGGUGCCGGAUCUUCAGAAGGACUGCUCGUAUAUACGUGGUUCUGACUGGCAGACAAGCACUUGCGAGGGUGGCGGGACACCAGCACUUUGCAGGCAACGUGGUCCUCCCUGUAAUGAACCCGGCCCUCCAGCUGCUAAUACCAGCGUUCAUGCCAUCCGCCCUACUGGGUACACUAGAUGUUAUCCCAACGGGACCCAGCUGAUGUACGCGUGCGACCCCACGUGCAGCAUGCAAGGCGGGUACACGGAGAGAGUGAGAACCUGCAGCAAUGGAACUUGGGUGGGUCCACCCGUAGACCAGUUAGCGUGCAGUUGCCCAGUGCUCUGUCCUGACCCGCCAUUUGUGAACCUAACGCUGCGGACACCGGAGCCGGAGGAUGUGGGACACAUAUUUAUGGUCAACUCAACGGUCAUUUACUCUUGUGUCAGUGGGUACGUGUGGUCUGACGCACCAAAUGAAAUAAACCGUACCUUGGAAUGCUCACCUAGUGGGGAAUGGUCCGUCCCUGCAGUGUCUCCAUUGUGCGUGGCGUCCUGCCCGCCCCCACCGCUUAUAUACGCCGCUAAUAUUGUCGUCAUAUCAGAAAACAAAACCGAUAUUCUUGUAAAUGAAGACAGCACACUACUGAACGAAACCGACACACUUUUAAACGGAACCGAGCACGUGUUCAUGGCGGGAAACAUAGUACAUUACUCAUGCUGGCCAGGAUUACUUCUACAGGGAGAAUUAAGCUCGGAGAUAGAGAUCUCGUGUCAGGAUGACGGUACGUGGAACGCCUCCAGCCUCCCAGGGAUUUGUGAAGCACCGUCCUGCUUUCUACCGGAAGACGCGGGACAGGCGGUGUCCCUUUUCUAUGUCACAGGAAACUACUCCACAUUCUUGAAUGACACCUCCAUCACAUCAGACGAUUUCGAGAGGAUCAGCGGGAACGGCACGGUGUGGUAUCCAUGGGAUGUCAUAGGGAGAAGAUGCUUUAACGGAACAGCGUUUCCCUCAAGUAGGAGACCCAGAGUGCUAUUCACGUGUAACGAUUUAGGUUUGUGGGUCGGCACCUCAGACGAGAUGAUAUCUGGAGAUGUAUUCUCGGACUGUGUAGCCACGUGCCCCGAUCCUCCUGUAGUAACAAAUGCCUACAUACAAUUUUCUUUCACGGGCGAAAAUUACGUAAACAUAAAUGGAACAUGGAUUGAGACAAACACUAGUAUUGCGGCUCGUUUGACCUUUCUACCUGGGGAUUUCGUUACAUAUCUAUGUGAAACUGGCACAGCUUUUCCUGUAUCCCGCGAAAGGUAUUUUAAUAUGGAUUGUCUGGAAGAAGGAGUUUGGGAUUCCUCACCACAUAGCCAAUGCAUGUCUGUUUGUCCGCGCCCUUUGCAUAUAACCGGGGCCUCAUUGGCUUUAAAAUAUAUAGAUGGUUCAUACGAGCCAGUUGUUGCCUCUUCUUCAGAGCUAAUUUACUUUCCUGGAGAUACUGUGAUGUACACAUGCGAAGCUGGCAAAAGCUUCCGUCACCUUGGGGCCGAAAGUGAGGUUAUAUAUUGUAAUGGUGACCGCACGUGGAAUGACACAGAUCUGCCUCGGCAUUGCACGUCACUCUGCCAGGAGCCGCCUGUUUUGAACAACACCGAUAUGACCAUUGAGUCUCUUUAUGAGGGACUGUAUUUUCCGGGAGACCAUGUGGUAUAUGAUUGCUCUGAAGACAUGGUGUUUCACCACUCCGGCCUCAGAGAAACUGUGGCUCAGUGUUUGGACAACGGUGAGUGGAGUGACCAGUUGGGACCGAGUAACAACCGGUGUGUUGCCAUUUGUCCACCUCCACCGCCAAUCAGUUUUGGUCGUCUUGCUGGAUCACCUAGAAAUGAAUCAGUCAGUUCCACGGCAACAGUGGAGGCAACGCCCUACCCUGGACCCCCUGCCACAACAUAUACUGGUGGGUUUUCCCAUACGAGGAUCAUAACGGAUCGCCACGACACGACAGUGGGAAGAAGACCGCCUUCAACAGUUUCUUCAACUCGGACCAGUUCAGCAACACGCCCAAAUUUAAUAAGCAUAAGUUCGCCCCCUUAUUUGCCAAUAACGGAUCAUGUCUCAACGACCGCAAUUGGACCACCUAUAGCGGUUCCUUCAUCUCCAACUAUAUCAACAACACAUGCGAUGUCAUCACAUAGUUCUGUACCCCAGUUGGAAAUAACGAAUCAUCUCAACACGACAACGACGGCAAUAGGACCGACAUCAACGGAUGCUACAUGUAUAUCUUCAACUAAUUCAACAACAGCUCCUCUGUUAUCAAAUACUACUGCGGUUCCUUGUAUGCAAAUAACGGAUCACAUCACAGAGACAAUGUUGACUAUAGGCCCUUCAUUAACAGAGCCACAUCAGUCGUCUACUGCGCCACAGGGCCCGUUAUCGCCACCAGCGCAGUUUGUACCGUUAGCUGCAGACCAACCACCUGCUGCCAGGGAAAGGGUGUACAAGUAUGGUGAUGUGGUAAAGUAUGUGUGCAACGCGGGAUACAAGUUCCCCGGGGGCCUCAACACGAGCAUGCUAAAAUGUCUGAGUAAUGGAACCUGGAAUUUAGACCAGAUUUCUACCUGUGUACCUGUACCCUCUGUGAGCGGCUCUGGCACUUCAACAGCCGGGACUUCACCAAAUACUAAUCUUGUCACACGAAACCUAUCAAAUGGGCCUAAUAUCGUAGGAGUGACGUCAUCAAAUCCGAUGACAACCUCACUUCCGAUUCGUACUGAGACACAAAGUUCGCUUACGACUUCUUCGACAACAGUUGCAUUAACAUCUGUCACACCGGUAGUUCCUACAGCGCUAGUCACCGUUGAAGUGUAUACAUCGGGAUUGACGACAGCAGUAACAACCAGCAGCAGAACGACGCCAUUGUCGACCACAAAUACACCUAUGCCAACAACUGAACACUUGGAGAGAACAUCAACUGGAAUCCCUGAAACAACGACAACUGAUGUUCAGUGUGAACAAAUCCAGCAAGUUAAUAACGCGCGACCAAAUGUGAACGUCAAUGCCACCGUCUAUCCGGGAACUUUGGUAGAGUUCUCUUGUAAUAGAUACUACAUGUUUCCGGAUAGAACACGUGCUAAGGAAAUAUCAUGCACAGAAAAUGGAUCGUGGACGGAACAACUGCCUCAUUGUGAAGUUAUAGAAGAUUGCUCAAACAUGCUAAAUGUUACAAACGCAGUGGUGGACAGAAUCAACUUCACAGUGGGAGCAACUGUCCGUUACGCAUGCGUCAAUAACCUCACGUUUCCGGAUGGUUCUCACACACGUAGAACAGUUUGUACCCCUGAUGGGUAUUGGUGGCCAGUUAUUCCUGGAUGUGCAGAGUACAUAAUGGGACUUAAACGGCGGAGAAAACACGAUUUUGUGCCGCUAGAGGCGCCAGGAGCGGUGGCGGUGGGCAGCUUCGGAAUGCUAAUCAUGCUGGGGAUUAUCAUUGGAAUAGUGGCCCUCGAUGUACCCACGCUGGUGCUGCAAAUGAGGCGCAUGAGGAGAAACAUUAGAUCCUUCCUGAAACACCACCAAGGAGCAGGCCGAUGGCCCGCAAGAAGUUGUUGA